AUGGAGAGCUCUUCGGGGAUCGCAUCUCUUGCGGAGAUACACGUCCCACCAUACUCUCGGUUGCUGCCUAAUUCGUGUUGCCCGGACAAGGAUUUGGUUGUGGUCUUUUCGACACUUGGCGGCAAAGAUCGCAUGAGCCUGUGGAAAAUGCAGGGCUCCAAGAAAUGGGAUGUCGACAUUGAUCUGGGACUUGCUGUAGACGAGAUGAUAGUUGACAUGACAUGGAGUCCCGACUGCCAGAUGAUUGUUCUCAUACACGAUCCGCCGCGUAUCACCUGCCACUCCAUCCAAACGGGGAAGAUAGAGCGAGAAAUACCGCUAGCUGAUGACUUUGACCCAAUUGCAAGCCUUACUGGCGUUUGGUGGUUCACAGAGGAGAAGGCGCCGACUACCGCGAUACCGGAUAUCUUCAAGCGUUCCGGCGUACAGGCUGGGACGACAUUAUCUCUCCUUAGAAUGCUCCCCCUACUUGAUAACAUCACGGAAACAGCUCGCUCGACAGGUAUGCCAGAUGCGUUCGGCUUCCGAACGACUCAAACAAAACCAGCCGCUGAAAAGCUCCCCGAUGCGUUCACGUCCUGGCCUACAUUACCAACAGACCAGCUCUCGGCAUCAAUACAAACACCGAAGAAAGCACGGGAACUUCAGGACGAAGGUCUGGAUGAGAGUGACGACAUCAUUAUGGACAGUACACUCGUCGUUGUGGAUGACUCGGGCUCCAUGCAGGUUUUUCUUGAUGGCACUUACCCUCUGGGCCUCAUCAGAGUCGAUCCUGACUCCAGUACCGCGUCUCUGGUGAAACCCUCAGGCUCGCGAGCUCUAUUGGCCUUCCAAUCUCAUAUGGACGUCAGUGCGUCGCACUCAUUCUCAUCGCUGUUACCGACCGAGAUCACUCUCACGCUACUAUCUUCGCGGAUACCCCGCGACGUAGCCCGUCUGUCUUCGACUGCACAUCAGCUGUGUAUGUAUGCGUACAGGGUCGUAGAAGAUCUUCGGGUUGUAUGGAUGGGUGUUGGAUCUCAGUCUGGGGCCAGAAAUCCUAGCUUGAGAUGGCUCCAGAGAUUGGCGGAGCUUCAGCCGGGAUAUUACGGUCCAAUGAGUAUGGAUUGGGCGAAAAUUGAUCUUCUGCAACUGCUUGCCGCCGAACGGUCAACCGAGCCUGUCAGCGAUUUCAUCGGAGCGGGAGAGCAGAUGAGCGACCGAGGGCUCUCGAAAUGGGAAACCAAUGUCACAAGCGCGCUGAUCAAAUUACGAGAUCAGUCCGAGCAGCGCAUCGCGCCGGCCUGUCAGCGUCUUCACCUCGUAUUGGAGGAAGUUCUGGGCCUAUCGCAGUUACCCCACGCGUACGGACUGUUUCAGUUGCACACAGAAGAGCUCCACGAAUGCUUGAACAUGGUGGCGCAAACCAUCACCACGGCAAGCUGGCUGUCUUCCGUUGCUCGGCGAGAACUGGCCCGGUUCAAGGAGUUCAUGCGAUGGCUACGUUUCGAGAUAAACAAUGUCUCCGCUCAAGAAAAUCACGUUCUUCAACCGCGCCACGAUUUCCUUGAAGUGAUGAGUUAUAUUUGCCAUGGUUUGGUUGACAGUCCUAUCGACAGAUGGUUCAGCGGAGAGCCGCCUACUACGCUUCUACCCAUGAAGCCGACCGACGGGACCGAUCUGGAGGAGAUCAUGCGCACUGCUCACGGUGCAUUAUCGGAUCCCAACGAAAUCAAGCUGAACCGUCGCGUUCGCCCGUACAACCUCAAUGAUAAAGGGAGAAACAUGCAUGACCUGCUCCUUGGUUUAGCCGACAGGUGCAGCAUGCUUUUCAAACGCGCCGCUAACGGCACUGCGCGCUCGGUCAUACUUUCAACGCCACAGCCUACAAACACGCCGGCAGAGAGAACGAACCUGAUCAUUCACGAGCAUAUGAUCGUCGGCGCUGAACAGGGUGCCUUCACGCAGUUAUUGGCCGCAUAUGCGCCGAAUGACGGACUAGCUUGCUUAUGCAUCCUCCGCCUACAGUAUCAUCGUGAUGCGAUGCCGACGCUUCAUCAUCUCGUGCUUGAGUGUCAACACGAGGGUGAUAUCAUUGACCUGCUGGGCUUCGAAUUCUUCGACGACGAGUCUCUCGUUGCCGUUUAUCGUCAUAGGGAUCAAGAGCAAACAUGGCUAGGUCUUAUCAACUUCACCGCGGUGGGCCAGCAGUUCGUUGCGACAGAAGAAACGUUGGAAGGCAUAGCGCGGGAGGAAAUCGCGUGGCGUACUAUGCAGCGUUGGAGGUCCGGUGAGUUUGCUAGCUCGGCGAUACGGCUCGCACGCUGGCGCGCAAUGACGGCGUGUCGCGGUGAAGAUUUCCAUCUGGCUGUGAAUGGACGAAAGGGCCGAAGAAUUGCGUGCGUGCUGGACUUGGAAUCAAACACGAUGGAGACGCUAGACCUUGCUGCGGACGAGGACGAGACGGAGGACGGAGAGGAAGACGGUGAUGGCGACGGCGACGAGAAUGACGACGCGUAG